CAUCCGGCUCGACUGGUCGCCAUAAUCUAUCACACAAUUUAUUUCUGAUUUUAGAGCUGUAAACCACCCGCCCCGGUGGUAAGUAAAUGUGCGUUCGAUCGUUGGUCCGUCCAUCCGUAGGUUUACCGCACGUUUAUCCGGCCAUCCAUUGAUAUAUCGGUUGGAAUUCGUUCCGGAUCGUCUUGUCGUAUCGGUCGGUCAAAAUCGUUUGUGAAUUGUGUGACUGCAGCUCUCGCUUGCGAUAAUUAAAGCUGCUACAACACUUAACAGGGAAACCCCGUUCCUGGCUUAAGUUUUGUUAACUAGUAGGCAGCGAAAGAUCGCCUUGAUUCGUGCACACGAGGCGUAAAUAAAUUGUCGAGCUGUCAAAGCUGCGAAUGUAAAGAGCGUUUGCAAAAGCGUGAAUAGUUCUUGUUUCGUGCAACCGGACAAACGGGGCAAUAGUGCCAAGCCAGUAUUGCGAAUUAUCGUGCAGCUAGAGUGUCGACAAAGUGCAGCUGCACCAGAAGUGGCAAUCCAAGCAAAAAAAAAACGAGUAAAAUAAAAUUAUUCGUUCGCCAACCUAGCGCAACGUAAAGAGGGAAGCCGGCGAAGUGGCGAGACACACCGUUCAGGUACCAGCUGUGUGAGAAAACGAGACAAAUAGGUGCGAGCCGAACAAAGAGGGAAGAUAAGACCUUUUUUCGAGCAUCCCGAGGAAAAGACAGCAGUCGUCGCUCGAGAAAAUCCUAGAUCGGCGAAAAUUUUCUUCGUUCAAGAAGUGCAAUCCACCAGCAAAUCCGGACGUCCAAUGUCAGAACCUCAGUCUUCGUUGCUUCUGAAGAAACAACUGGCAGAGCUAAGCAAAAAUCCUGUGGAAGGAUUUUCGGCCGGUUUAAUCGAUGAUAAUGAUAUCUUUCGAUGGGAAGUGCUGAUCAUUGGUCCACCAGAUACUUUAUACGAGGGCGGAUUCUUCAAGGCUCAUCUGCACUUCCCGAAGGAGUAUCCGCUGAGACCACCGCGCAUGAAGUUUGUGACAGAGAUCUGGCACCCGAACAUCGACCGCAAUGGAGACGUUUGCAUCAGCAUCCUGCACGAGCCGGGCGAUGACAAGUGGGGUUACGAGAAGGCGUCGGAGCGCUGGCUACCGGUCCACACGGUCGAAACGAUCCUGAUAUCGGUCAUAUCGAUGCUUGCCGAUCCGAAUGACGAAUCGCCGGCCAACGUCGACGCGGCGAAGGAGUGGCGGGAGGCGUAUCCGGAAUUCAAACGGAAGGUAGCGCGAUGUGUUCGAAAGAGUCAGGAAGAUUGUUAGUAGCAUUUAUAUAAUACUUUUUUUAAUUGUCUUAUAUUUAUUAAUUAAUUAUUGUACGAUUACACUUACCUUAAAUGAACGAAAGAAAAGCAUUGAAAGGAUCAAGUAUCGCUAUCGUCUA